AUUUUGAACAUAAUCAACAACAAGAUUGUCAAGAAUUUCUUCGACAUUUCCUUGACGCACUUCAUGAAGAAGCAAAAAAAACAACACAAAAUGAAUCAAAUCUCGAUCUUGUUAAACAACAUCUUAUGGGUACAUGUGUACAUCUGAGUAAAUGUUUAACAUGUUCAUCAAUAACGAAAUCUCAAGAUUUAUUUUAUGAAUUAUCUAUUGGUUUUCAUGAACAAUCAUCAACAAAUGAUGAUCAACAAAAAAUCUUUGAUUUACAAUCUCUUAUUGAUCAUACAUUUGCAUGGGAAUCAUUAAUAAAUGAAAAUCAAUUUGCAUGUGAUAAAUGUGGUAAAAAAGAAGAUGGUUCACGUCGAAUGUUUUUAACAUCACAUCCAAAUUAUCUUGUUUUAUUAUUAAAACGUUUUGUACAUAAUCAUCUUACUGGUAAAUAUGAAAAAUGUCUUGAUCGUACAACAUUACCAGAAUUUAUACAAUUAUUAACUGUAAAUGAAACAUUUAUAUCAUAUCGAUUAAAAGCAAUUGUUGUUCAUCAUGGUUUAUCAAUGAAUAGUGGACAUUAUUAUGCAUUUGUUAUGAUUAAUAAUGAUGAUUUAAUUGAUAAAAAUAAUAAUAAUUCGAUUGGUUGGUGGCUUUUUAAUGAUACACAUGUUGAACAUUUAACAUAUGAAAAUGUUUAUGCACAUUUUCAACGUUUUCCAUCAGCUACACCUUACGUUCUUAUAUAUGAAAAACAACUUCAAGAAAAAGAAACCGAAACUACACAACUAUCAAUUGUACCUUAUUUACAAACAUUCGUUGAUCGUGAUAAUCAACUUUAUACUCAAGAACAAAAACGUCGUGGUCGUUCAUCAAGAUCAGCUGAUGUAUCAGAUGUAAAUGAACCUUAUUUACGAAAUACCGGAUGUAAAGAUCAAAGUCCUGAUCGUGGACCACCAUGUAUUUUUUAA